GGCGCGGGGGCUUUGCCUCACUUCUUGCCUCCUUCUCGGGGCAGAGACUUCCAUAUAAGAAUAUUAUUGCCAUCAGAUUUUCAGCUAAAAAAUGCAAGGAUACAGUGCAGCUGGCAGCUACAGAGGCUAUUGCAUGGAUAUCGUCAGAUUCUAAAACAGAGGUUGCAAUACUGUUCUGAUCUGGUCAGUUUUAUGGAGGAGCUGAAGACGAUUUUGGAAGUUGCUUUAAAGAACACAGAAGACCUGCAUACACCACCGCCUCCAGAAUACUACUCUCACCUAAUCAGAGAUAUAGAAACUUUGGGUUGGAAUAAAAUCGUGUAUGUGGAUACUGGCCUUAGUUCUGUAAAGCUAAAAGCAGAAGACUCUCGUGGUCGACAGCAUCUAAUCACUCUGAAGUUAAAUGCAAAGUAUCCAGCAGAACCACCAGAUUGCUUUGUGGACUUCCCUGUUCAAUUUGCUGUUUCUUGGAUUCCACAGAGCUCUUUAAUAGAUAUUUACAACCAGUUCUUGGCAGCAUUGGAGUCACUGAAGGAAUUUUGGGAUGCUAUGGAUGAAAUUGAUGAGAAGACCUGGGUACUUGAGCCAGAGAACCCUACACGCAGUGCAACUAUGAGAAGAAUUGCAAUAGGAAACAAUGUUUCAAUAAACCUUGAGGUAGAUCCCAGGCAUCCAGCUAUGCUUCCUGAGUGUUUCUUUCUUGGUGCAGACCAUGUAGUAAAUCCUUUGAAAAUUAAGCUGAACAACAAUAUGCACUUGUGGAAUCCAGAAGUCCGCUUAUUACAAAAUUUGAAGGAGGUUUUAGAAAUAGAGUUCCCAUCUCGUAUUGUACUAGAAAAGUCUGACUUUUCUAUGGACUGUGGUAUCUGCUAUGCUUACAGACUUGAUGGCACUGUUCCAGAUCAAGUAUGUGAUGAUCCACGCUGCGGACAGCCUUUCCAUCAGGCUUGCUUAUAUGAGUGGUUACAAAGUCUCCCUUCCAGCAGGCAGAGCUUUCAUGUCAUCUUUGGCGAAUGUCCAUAUUGUAACAAGCCAAUAACUCUGAAAAUGUCCAUGAAGAAACUUUGAAAAGAGCCUGAACAUCUCUGAGAAGUCUUCAAUUGAAGUAUGAAGUUCAAAGUAGUGACAUCAAAGAAAAUAUAAAGAAAGAAAUAUUAGUACCAGAAG